AUGUGCAAGUCUUGUGCAGGAUGCGUUCGCGUGCUGAUGAUUGUGUUUAACAUCCUGUUUACAAUCAUAGGGAUGAUUGUUUUAUCCGCUGCUUUGUACUUCUACUUUUCAACAUUCGGGGUUAGAGGUACUGAUCAGCACAAUAUAUUGGCUUAUACUUAUAUCGUUCUGGCUGCUAUUGGGGCUCUGAGCUUUGUAUUGGGAAUAUUAGGUUGUUGUGGCUCAUAUCACUAUAGUCGAUGUUUGUUGGGCUUUUAUUUUGCUCUGUUACUGGUUAUUUUCGCCAUCGAAAUUGCUAUUGGCGUAGCUGGGUUCGUCCAUAGAGAACAGGCACGUGCAAUUAUCCACGAAACACUUAAAGAAGGUGUUGAAGAUUGGAAAAAUUCCAACAAUGAAGUUCGAUGGAUGGAUGCAAUCCAUGUUAUGUUCCAAUGUUGCGGUUACAAUGGACCUACAGACUAUGGUAUUGCUAAAGUCCCUUCUUGUUGUUUAAAUGAUCAAUGUGCUAUGGAUUUCGCUUUGCUCAGUUUUCAGACGGGUUGUAAAGAAAGAAUUGACAAUAUUAUGCAUAAUUUCCUAAUCAUAUGUAUCUCGGUUAUUACAAUAGCCCUCAUUGAGCUGAUUGGUUUGAUAUUUGCAAUGACUCUUUGUUGUGCUGUGAAUGGGCGUGAUGCAAACGCUUAUUAUCGUGCAGUACAAACAGCAUAA